UUGGAGACGCGGCGGCGCCGCCGGGGGGUGCUGCGGGCCCAGGCGCUCCGGCCGCUCGACGGCCCCGGCUGGGACUGCGCGCGCCUUCCCAGCCCGGGCCCCAGGACUCCCCGAGCCGCGGUGGGCUGCGCAGAGCCAGAAAUCUGGGACCUGUCCCCGCGUCGGGGUACGUCACCCGUCCCAUCGGUGCGGAGUCUGCGCUCAGAGCCUGCUAAUCCUCGCUUGGGGUUACCUGCCCUGCUCAACAGCUACCCGCUGAAGGGCCCGGGGCUGCCCCCACCCUGGGGCCCACGGACCCAGACUGGCCACGUCGUCAUCACCGUGCAGCCCUCUGGUUCCUGCAUCGAACAUUCCAAGUCUCUGGAUCUUGGCCUUGGGGAGCUCCUCCUUGGGGCCCCGGCAGCUCGGGACUGUGCUCACCGGAGCUGGCCACGGCUAGACCGCCUCAGUCUGGGGGGGUAUGCCAAACUGGGGAGAGGAGACUUGGGGGCCCGGGUCUGAGCAGCAGGGGGACAGUCUGCUAUGAGGUUGCAGCAUGGACCAUGGUGGCAGGAUCAGAGGAUCAGCCGUUCCGAUGUCUAGUAGUAGGUGUCUCAGUCGCAUCCGGGGCUGGGGAUGGAUGCUCUGAGCACCGCAACUGCUAAGGGCAUCCCAGCCUGCAUGUGGGCAGAGGAAAAUGCCAACUGCUCGAGGGUUCAGUGAGCUGGAGAGGGUGUGUUUCACUGUGGCGUGUGGAUGACUGGGCCUCAGGAAUUUCUUCAGCCUCCAUAUGUGGCCUCAACCCUGAGGGGCCUGGAGGUCCAAGCCAACGUGAUUGGGAGGUGCACCUGGUGUCCUGACAAGCCUAAAACGAUAGGCAGGGACUCCUGAGACUUGGCGGUAGGUUGGGAUAUUACAGGCUAGGGCAGAUUCCUCCAAGGUGGCACUGAUGACGGAGUUUGGGCCCCUGGGAAGAUGGGCGAUAGGGCAGAGCCGACACCCUCCACUGCCAUCCGGGAUGGGGCCGGAGCCUUGAACUCCCGCCACCUCAGUCUUUCUUCCCUCAGCCACGCAGGGCAUAUCCCCUAGGGCUACACUACUGCCAAUGCCUUCAUCCCGGGGCCUGCAAACAGGCCUGAGAAGUCCCCUUCUCCUUACUUUACUGUGGCCUAUGCUACAAAAUCUCCCUCCAGUUGGCAAAAAGUAUUCGUCAGUUCUCAGAAGUCCCUUUAUAUGACAUUGAAGCUGCAUUUUGGCCAGCGUAGGUAGCUUACUUUAGGAAAUGGCUUGAGGUUAGGUCUCCCCCACCCAUGUUAAAUUUUUCCCAAGUUUCUGGCUCCUAGGAGAAAUGUAAAAGUGGAUCGAUCCUCAGAGUCAGUCCUUUGUUCUUUUUUUGUUUAUUGAAAAAUGCAGUACAAGAAGCAAGACCAAACACAUUAUCUAAACACUACAAUCACUUCUCUUACUACAAAAGGCCAGAACAGCAGACCUAAUUAUUGCCUAUAUUUAAUCUAAGGAUUUUGCCAAUCUGAUUCUGCUGCCAUAGUUCCUAUUUUGUCAAGAAAUGUAAACAACUACUUGAUAUGAUUUCAUAUUUUUAAAAAAAUUUACAAAGCUCCUUCAUUUUUGUCAUCAAAAUAAUACAUUUGAGAGAGAUUUGUAAAAACAACCAGUCUGGGGCUGAGAUCCUGGGCAGAAAUUUCCCACAAGCUUCCAGGGGUGUCAGGCCACAGCUCUGGCCCAUUUUCCAGGGUAGACUGCCAGCUCCUCACCUUCAGCUGCCCAGUGUCUCCCCAACACAGCGAUGGGCCUGGGCAGGGGAUGGGUGAAGGCGCCCUGACAGGUCCCUGCAGCGAGGCUCUCCAACCCCUGGGCUUAUAAAUGUGGCCUUGCUUUGUGGGUGGGUGCCAGAGACCUCGUGGCUUGGAGGACAUCUAUUUCUCAAGUGAAAAUAAAAUUACAGCAAGAGUU